CAAACUCAAACACCAAAAGCAGACACCUACACAGCUGACAGCCCAAUCAACCCAAGCAAGCAGCAUCUCGCUCUGAUCCACCAAAGAAGCUUAACCUCUCCCAAUAGUAGCAAGCUAAGGGGAAGAGGGAGAAAAAUCAAUGGCAAUUAUUGGAGCAAAAAGCUUCUUCAUGGUGGCGGUGGCGGCGGUGCUGGUGAUGUCGGCGUCUGCACAGUCUGGGUGCACGGUGGCACUGAUCGGCCUGUACCCGUGCAUGAACUACAUCAGUGGCAACGAGACGGCGCCGACCAAGUCAUGCUGCUCACAGCUCAGUUCCGUAGUGCAGUCCCAGCCGGAGUGCCUCUGCAGCGCGCUCAGCGGCGACUCCGUCGGCGGCAUGACCAUCAACAAGACGCGCGCGCUUGAGCUGCCCAAGGCGUGCAACGUGCAGACCCCGCCGGUGAGCAAGUGCAACGACGCUGGUGGUGCCAGUGCUCCGGUCGCCGACGCGCCGACCACGCCGGAGUUGCAGACACCUGCGGCUGCCGACUCAGGAUCAAAGGCGACGCCAUCAGGUCACCUGCAGCAGAAUGGUGUCUCGUCGCUCCAUGGCCCAGUGGGUCUGGUGUUCGCUCUCGCGGCCGCUGCGUUCUACGCUGUAUCCACCGUGUGAGUGUCUCGAUCGGUCAUCGGACUGAAGCGCUAAUUUCACGUUGGUGAUCCUGAAAUGCGUUAUCUUUAUUAUUACCUCUAUCAAUACGUGAAUUUCUUCGAUUUGUCAAAAUUUAAAUAGUAUAUGUAUACGCUAUGUAAUUAUAUAUGUAUAUAUAUAUUAUCAAAUUAAAAUAUCUAUUUAUGGACAGAGCCAAUAUAGUUUAAGUUUUCUAUUGGUUUAGCAUUGGUGUUUGAGGAUUAUAGAUACUGUUGUGUUUCACAUAGGUACUAUUGGAUUUAUCUGCCGUGGUCCAAAUGUAAAGCUACUUGUUGUAUUUGAUAGAUUUGCUUCAGCUUUACAUCAGGCCCUAAGCAUUUCCGGUUUUAAA